AUGGCCAAUUCCACCAAAUUGACUGAGUUUCUUCCCAUGGGCUUUGCUGAGAUGCUGGAGUUAAGGGUCCUACAUGCCCUGUUAUUUCUACUGAUGUACUUGGCCACCCUGUUAGGAAAUCUCAUCAUCGUCACUGCCACCACUCUGGACCAGAACCUUCACACCCCUAUGUACUUCUUCCUCAGGAAUCUGUCCAUCUUAGACAUGUGCUACAUUUCUGUCACUGUGCCCAAUGCCUGUGUCAACUCCCUCACUGACAACAGGGCCAUUUCAGUGGCUGGCUGUGCAGCUCAGAUCUUCCUGGUGCUUUGGCUUGCUGUUACAGAGCUUCUGUUCCUCACCAUCAUGGCCCGUGACCACUAUGUUGCCAUCUGCCGGCCCCUCCACGACCCCGUCAUCAUGAACCAAAGAAUCUGUAUCCAGAUGACACUGGUCUCCCUGCUCAGUGGUCUGAUCUAUGCAGGUGUGCACACUGGGAACACAUUCCGGCUGUCCUUCUGUUGGUCCAAUGUGGUCUGUCAGUUCUUCUGUGACAUCCCCUCUCUGCUGCAGAUCUCCUGCUCUGACACUUUCAGCAAUGAGCUCUUAAUUCUUAUUUCUGCCAUGGGGAUUGGUGGUGGCUGUUUUAUUUUCAUUACCAUGUCAUAUAGUGGCAUAUUUUCUACUGUGCUCAAGUUUCAAAGCAGAGAGCGAGGAAAGGCCUUUUCCACGUGUGUCCCUCACAUCCUGGUGGUGUCCAUUUUCCUCAGUUUUGGCAGCUAUGUUUAUGUAAGGCCUUCAGCAUCCUCUGAUACAAUUCUGGACAUGAUUUUUUCUGUAUUUUAUAGCAUAGUUCCUCCACUCUUGAAUCCUAUAAUCUACAGUCUUAGAAACAAACAGGUAAAGGAUGCUGUGAGGAAAAUUGUAUCAAGAAAGUUUUAUACAGGAAAAUUAUAA